UGCUUUUGCUUCUCCUCUUGGUUUCUUUGAGAUAUGUGUUUCUUUUGUCUGAAUGCGUUCUACUAUGUGUAUUUCUGUAAUUGAUUCUGGACAUGCUUCUUUCUUUGAUGAGGAUCUGAUUCAGUUAAAAUUAUCGUUUUACUAACCGUUUAUCUCAUCAUUUCUAUUUGUUUUGCACUUGAUUUCACAAAAAAAGUCUUGCUCCUUCAUCUUCUUCCAAUCCCGGGCUUCUAAGGUUUACGAAAAGUUAUUUGCCAAUUAUUUCAAGGCUUGUGCUCAAAUUUUCACUGGAAGCACCAUGGUUCUGGUGUUUGCAUUCUUGUUUUGUAAAUUGUGACUUUUUUUUUAAUCUCAGGUGAUCUUCUCUUUCUGCUAUUAUCUUAAUGUGAUGUCGAUUGACGUAAAGAACCUUUCUUGUCACGGCUAAGCUGGUAAAAAAAGUCUGAGGAUGAUGAGAAAAAAUAACAUUCUUUUUUCGGAGUUUUCCAUUCGGAAUAUUUAUAUAUGGAGACCUGAACUGAAGACACUUUCUUAUUGUAUGACUUCAUAUUCCCUCUCAGACUUGUUGAGGUCGAUCUUUCUUCGGUUGACUUGUUUUAAGUAAACCCGAUAGUAGAAAAUAGUUUCUUGAUUUUCCUCACAAGUUUAACCUAGGAUCAACCCUUUUACUUAGCCUGAUCUUAAUCCUAGAAGAGAAGGAAAUAAAUCCUGCAUGGGAGAUUAAUCUCUAUUUCAAUGAGAUUCUUUAACGUAUUGGGUUAUUUCACAAGAUAUAUAUAGGUCCCGUCUUACCGUGUGUGUCAUUACUCUUUAUCUUCUUAUUAGUAAGUAUUAUGAACUAUAAGCAUGAUAACAAGGUCUCCAAUUAUAUAUCUUAUCAAAUAACAAGAUGGGUUAAAAAAUGCGAUUAAAACCAAGAUAAAUAUGAAUAUCCUCCAUAGGUGAAGUUCCUUCGCAUCUAGAAUUAUAUAUAUGGAAAACAAAAAUGAUACAAGGACCCAGGAAAUAUAUUGUGAUUAUAUACAAAAUUGGAUAAGAAAAAAAGUAGGUUUGUGUGUAUUUUCGUUAAAUAUAUUGUGAUUAUAUAUUGUGAUUAUGACGUGUGUAUGCACAAUUUAUGAUCCAGGAAAUUAUAAUGAUAAGCAUACUAGUAAGAUUCCCUCCAAAUGCCAUGAGCUUAUGCUCCCAGAAGAAGAAUAAGAACAAAAAUAACAACAAAAACAAAACUUGGAAAGAGAGACGCUUGGAAGGCCAAGAAAGAAGAAAUGCUCUUCGUUAUCCAAAACCCAAAUCAAACCCACUCCUUAUCCAUCAUCGUCCUCCUCCCAAAACCCAAUUAGAAGCACUUGAACAAGUCAUCACAAACCUUGAAGACUCUAUUGAGAAGGGCAUCAGAAUCGACACUGAAAUAUAUGCCUCUUUAUUAGAAAUCUGCUAUCGCUUGCAAGCCAUUCGUCUUGGUAUUAGACUUCAUCGUCUUAUCCCAACACCCCUAUUGCGUAGAAAUUUUGGCAUCUCUUCCAAGCUUCUUAGGUUGUAUGCAGCGUGUGGGUAUGUGGAUGAUGCCCACAACCUGUUUGAUCAAAUGUCUAAUAGGGACACAUAUGCAUUUCCCUGGAAUUCACUCAUCUCAGGGUAUGCCCAAAUGGACCUCUACGAUGAUGCCAUUGCACUCUACUUCCAAAUGGUAGAAGAGGGUGUUGAACCUGACUUUUUCACCUUCCCGAGAGUUCUCAAAGUUUGCGCUGGGAUUGGAUCUGUUCGACUAGGGGAAGAAGUGCAUCGCCAUUUGGUUCGUGCUGGAUUUGCCACUGAUGGGUUUGUGCUUAAUGCACUUGUUGACAUGUAUUCGAAGUGUGGUGACAUUGUAAAGGCGCAAAAGAUCUUUGACAAGAUGCCUCAUAAGGACCCCAUUUCGUGGAAUUCUUUGCUCACUGCUUAUGUUCAUCAUGGCCUUGAGAUUAGGGCAGUGAACAUUUUCCGUCAAAUGAUUUUGGAAGGGGGUGAACCUGAUUCUGUUAGCAUAUCCACUAUUCUUACAGGUGUGUCUUUGCUUUGUCUAGGCGUCCAAAUUCAUGGAUGGGUGAUUCGACGAGGACUUGAUUGGAACUUGUCCAUAGCUAAUUCCUUAAUGGUGAUGUACUCUAGUCAUGGUAGGUUAGAAAAGGCAUGUUGGAUAUUCAAUCUAAUGCCAGAGAGGGAUGUUGUUUCGUGGAAUUCUAUAAUAUCUGCACAUGGCAAACGUCGAGAAGCCCUUGUCUUUUUGGAGCAAAUGGAGGAAGCUGGUGUCGAGCCUGAUAAAAUAACAUUUGUUUCAAUAUUAUCAACUUGUGCCCACUUAGUCUUGGUGAAGGAGGGAGAGAGAGUGUUUGCUUUAAUGUGUGAAAAAUAUAAAAUAAAACCAAUUAUGGAACAUUAUGGUUGUAUGGUUAACCUUUAUGGAAGAGCAGGACUAAUUAAAAAAGCUUAUAACAUCAUAGUGGAUGAAAUGGGCUCUGAGGCUGCUGGUUCAACUCUUUGGGGAGCUUUAUUAUAUGCCUGUUUUUUGCAUGGAGACGCAACUAUAGGUGAGAUUGCUGCAAACAGGCUCUUUGAUUUGGAGCCAGACAACGAGCAUAACUUUGUACUUCUUAUGGAGAUUUAUGAAAAUGUGGGUAGAUUAGAGGAUAUGGAGAGAGUUAGAAUGAUGAUGGUUGACAGAGGAUUGGAUUAUUAGGCAGUUGGACAUACUUAUUGUAUGUUUUUCUUUAGUCACUAGAAAUGUUUGAUGCUUGAUUCAUUCAGUUUUGAUUUUGUUGCACAAAAUGUGAUUACAAUAGACAUUUUUUGAUGUAGAUAAAACUAAGACAUGAUAUGCUAACAGAAUUAGGUUUACACCCUUCCAAAAUCAUUUGGCAAAGUAUGUUCACUACUCCAAUCUCAAGGCCAUGAUGAGCAUAAGUGGUGAGCAUGAAAUUCCACGAAAUGGAGUUUCUAUGAGGCUUCUUGUCAAAUACUACAUAGAUUGGUGGUGCAGUCAAACCCCGAGCCAUGCAAAUAAUACCAUGCAACAAAGCCAUUACAAUGACAAACUCAAACACAAAUCCUAAUUCCGGGCAAUUCUCAUUCACUUGGCAUUGGAGAGAGUAGUGAUCAUGAGAAGGAAAGCAUGUGAGUUGGGACAGAAUGGGAUCACCAAGAAGCAGAAAUCAGUGUUCCGUGAUUGUUUGAAGCUCUACGACUACACAUUGUUCCAUCAUUGCUGUACCCUCGAAGGCCUUCAGGAGAAGAGAUAAUGUUCACCCUUUGAUGCGCAAACGUGGCUCAGCUCAGCAAAACAUGUCAGAACGGGGCACUAGAACCCGGAGUCGAAGAUUUCAUGGCUCCCACUGAGAGAUGCAAUGUAACUGAGAUUAUAAGCAAUGGCUUAUUCGUGAACUGGGCUUUCCUGAAGUACGAAGCGGUUCAUAAUACAGAAGAUGCAGAGGCUGAUUUUCCAAACAAGUAGCUACAGUUAUAACUUUUGUUUUAGGUAAUCAUACAUUUGUUAAAUUGUUCACUUAAUUGAUGUCAAAUCAUUAUGUAAGUCUUAUGCCAUCACAUCUGCGAUAAUCGAGGUGAUAACUAAAUUCUGAUUUUGUGAAUGCCUCAACGUUUUAAUUCCACGCGUCUCUGCAUAUCUCGUGUUUCCGUGGUUGCAGUUACAGUGUAUAUGGAUGGCUUGUAUUCAUAUUUAACAGUGGAAGGUACUCCGGUGAGGUUGAAAAGUCUCAUGUACGGUUUUAUGGAAUCGCAACACUCAGAUAUAGAAGUUUAGUUUAUGCAUGUUGAUCGUGUAACUGAAUUUUACUAUCAAUGAAUCAAGGGUAUUGGAAAGUAUAAUCACGGAUGGUUAGUAUUGGAACUGAGGCAUUUGGGAUGUUUGGACGUCCAGUUUGUCUCUAUUAUUCUGAAAAGCUUAUUAAUGGUCCAAAGUAAGUGGAAGUAAUUCAGGAAAAUUUCAUAAAAAAAUUGAAAUUGUUUUAACUAAUUUCAUGAUCGAUUGUUUCCGUGAUCUAGCUAGACAUUGGCCCAUCUUGAAUCUUGAAACAAAACUGUAUUUACCUAAACGACUCCGUCAAUUAUAGAAUAUGUGAAUCUGAACCUUAAAACACCACAUAUACUUCGAUAGAAUAUAUAUAUAUAGUUUUGCCGGAAAUUGCAUACUGUUAUUUGGCAGAAAGGGUAGAUUAUGGAGAUAAGCCUGAUGACUAUUGCCAAGUUGAGAAUCUAAACUAUUAUGUUUUUUUAUUUGUUUUUCCCGUGUUAUGAACCUGAGUAAAACUGUUUGGGCUCUAUUGCUUUCGUAAACUGAUAUAAUGUAUUUAAUGAAAUGCAUCAAGUUAUUAAUGAUGCCAUGUCUUUUUACUUUUUGGGGUUUGCCUCAGGAGGUCCUGGUAGUGGAAAAGGUACGCAAUGUGCAAAAAUUGUUGAAACCUUUGGAUAUAAGCAUCUGAGUGCUGGAGAUCUUUUGAGGAGGGAGAUGAGUUCUGAUAGUAAAUAUGGGUGAUGCUGUCGUAUCCUAAUUUUGUUUUUGUUUUGUUGGUGCAUCUUGGGAAUUUUAACAUUAAGAACUCCAAAAUAGCUAUGAUUCUGAAUACAAUAAAUGAAGGAAAUUGAUUUCUGAUAGGGAAUAUGCGUGAUGUUUUAUCCUAAUUUUGUUUUUGUUUUUGUUUUGUUUUGUUGGUGCGUCUUUGGGAUUUUUACACUAAAAACACCAAAACCGCUCAAUGAUUCAGAAUACAAUUGAGGAAGGAAAAAUUGUUCCAUCAGAAGUUACUGUCAAAUUGAUUCUAAGAGAGAUGAAAUCUAGUGACAACCGGAAGUUUCUUAUUGAUGGUUUCCCUAGAAGCGAGGAGAACCGUAUAGCUUUUGAAUAAAUUAUUGGAGCAGAACCUCGGUUUGUACUUUUCUUUGAUUGCCCUGAAGAAGAGAUGGUGACACGUGUGCUUAGCCGGAAUGAGGUUCCCGUAAAUCCGUGGAGAUUUAACUUCAGCAGCUUAUUACGUACUGCUGUCUUACGUAUUUUUAUCGCAGGGUCGAGUUGAUGACAAUAUAGAUACACUGAGGAAUCGUCUUAAGUGUUUGAGGCUUUAAAUCUUCCCGUUAUUGAUUAUUAUGCUAAGAAGGGGAAACUUUACAGGGUAACUAUAUUUAGUUUCGAUGCUUAAUUGGAUCUAGGAUAACUAGCCUUAUUUGAAACUGGCACCUUGACAACUUACACACAAAAAUUGAAUGGUUUCUGUUUACCAUUUUUAGAGGUCUUGUAUUUACUUACCUUCGAAAUGUGAUACUAGUUCUUCUUAGUGGGAAA